AUUUACUUCUGUUGUGCUUCCGCAAGUGGAAGGAAACUCAUCUCAUCAUAUUCUCAUCUUUUCUCUUCUCUUCUCUAUCUCAUCUCAAUUGAAGAAAGAAGUCAGUCAGUGAGUCGGUCAGUUGGACACACAGACAAACAGACAGAGAGACACACAACACUAUGACCUCUACUACACAAAUCACCUGAAUCCGCCAGAUAAGGGAGCCACCCAAACUUCUUCCUUUGCAACACUCAUUUUUCCUCCCUGCCGAUGCAACAGCCACGCGCCUGUGGAAGCUCUGAGCUCAAUCGAAGUGGCGGCGCUAGCACUGGCACUGCCGGUGGAGGUGGCGGUGGAGGUGGAGGUGGAGGUGGCCUCGCCAGAUUCCGCUCUGCUCCCGCCACUUGGCUGGAAGCUUUACUCGAGUCCGACGAGGAGCAAUCUGACGCCGUCUUAGAUAUCCCAAAACCGCCCCCCGCCUCUGCUGCUACCGACAUAGAUCUGGAGUUGUUGGAGUCCACCGGUCCCGGCGGCCUCAGCAACUUUCUCCGCCAGAAUAGCUCUCCGGCUGAGUUUUUGUCACUUCUCAAUACUUCCGAUGGCUACUUCUCCAACUUAGGAAUCCCGGCAAAUUAUGAUUACGCCUCAUCGCCUUCUGCGAAGCGCGCACGUGACGCCGAUGACUUGGAUAAGCUUUCCCCUAAACUAUCAUCAUCUUCUUCUACUUCUUUGAAAGGAGAGAAAAGUGGCCAAGUACAAGGGGGCAUUGGUGGAGCACUGGAUGUUGAUAUGGAUAAGCUUUUGGAGGACUCCGUGAUGUGCAGGGUUAGAGCAAAACGUGGCUGUGCUACCCAUCCUCGCAGUAUUGCUGAGAGGGUUCGAAGAACAAGGAUUAGCGACAGGAUACGGAAGCUACAGGAACUUGUCCCUAAUAUGGAUAAACAAACAAACACAGCAGACAUGUUAGAAGAAGCUGUAGCCUAUGUCAAGUUCCUACAGAACCAGAUUCAGGAACUCACUGAGCAUCAAAAAAACUGCAAGUGCUUCACCAACAAUUAGAGGAUGGAGAUGGCAUGCUGCAUCAUAGAAAUAUCAAAGAAUACUAGGUUUGAUGCCAUAUUGCUCAAGAAUCUGCCUCCGAGUAAUAUUUGAAUUUGAGGUGUGUGCCUUUGCGGUCUAGCUUAGAAUUUUCCUCCUUGAAAUGCAAUCUCGGGAUGCAAUGCGGUUUUAAUCCAACUAUAAGUUAGUUAUGUUGACAUCAGCGUUGCGGUAUGUGUCUCUGGUCAGCUCAGCUCUGUAUAACAUAAGUGUUUAUGUUGGUUUCUUUUUGUGCAUGAGCUUGUGGGAAUAAGUAGAGGGGAAAAGGAUAUAGGCGUCGAGUGACUUAUACAAUGUGUUGCAGAUCCAUCAUGUUCUUAAUGUGGUGUAGUAGUACUGUAGUGAUAUCUCUAUAAUGUUGUUGAUGAAAGAGGAGAACUUGAUAUGUAAAUGUAAUAUGACUCGCUAGCAAGCAUUCUUUUCAUAAGACAUGAAUAAUAAUAAUCGUAAAAUUA